UUGUAGCAGUAGGGAGAGAAGCGAACGGGAUAACAUUAGCGUUCACGCGACCCGGAACCGAGCAACUUUAGCAUAGUCACAUUCCAAGCAUAUCUGGAUCUACUGGCAUGAAUUAAACACGCCGAGUCGGUUCGCUUAUAAACAUACGAGUGCAUGUUCGGCCUAAUUCGCUUGUUUGAUACUUUAUAUCCUGUUUAUCUCUGCACGAGAACUCGGCCACCUUGAACCGCAGGCGACACAGGGAAAAGCAGAAGUGUCUCAACUCGCCUCGCGGGCUCGUUCUGCAGGCAUGUCGCAGAAAGAAAGACCCACUUUCCACCGACAGGACGUCAACAAGACGAUAUGGGAGGUCCCCGUGCGCUAUCAGAACUUGUCUCCGGUCGGCUCUGGUGCAUACGGAACCGUUUGCUCAGCGUAUGAUGAGAAAACAGGGUUGAAGGUUGCUGUUAAGAAGCUGUCAAGGCCGUUCCAGUCCAUCAUUCAUGCCAAACGCACCUACCGGGAAUUACGGCUACUCAAGCACAUGAAACAUGAGAAUGUAAUCGGCUUGCUGGAUGUUUUCACACCUGCCACCAGCCUGUAUGAGUUUAAUGAUGUGUACCUAGUGACUCACCUUAUGGGCGCUGACCUAAAUAAUAUUGUGAAGUGUCAGAAGCUGACUGAUGAUCACGUUCAGUUUCUUAUUUAUCAGAUCCUCCGAGGACUUAAGUACAUUCAUUCAGCAGACAUAAUUCACAGGGAUUUGAAACCCAGUAAUCUUGCCGUGAAUGAAGACUGUGAACUUAAGAUCCUUGACUUUGGUCUGGCUCGACACACAGAUGAUGAGAUGACAGGGUAUGUGGCCACAAGGUGGUACCGUGCACCAGAAAUCAUGCUCAACUGGAUGCACUACAACAUGACAGUGGACAUUUGGUCAGUGGGCUGCAUUAUGGCUGAGCUGUUGACGGGCAGGACUCUGUUCCCUGGCACAGAUCAUAUUAACCAGCUUCAACAGAUAAUGCGACUGACAGGAACUCCACCUGCCUCCCUUAUUAGCAGGAUGCCUAGCCAUGAGGCUCGUACUUACAUUAACUCACUGCCUCAGAUGCCCAAGAGGAAUUUUGCUGAUGUGUUUAUUGGGGCUAAUCCACUUGCCGUGGAACUUCUGGAAAAGAUGCUAGUUUUGGACACAGAUAAGCGCAUCACAGCCGCUGAGGCUCUGGCAGAUCCAUACUUUGCCCAGUACCAUGACCCAGAUGAUGAGCCCGAGGCUGAUCCGUUCGACCAGAGCUUUGAGAGCAGAGAGCUUGAUAUUGAAGAGUGGAAACGUCUGACUUAUGAGGAGGUGAUAAGUUUCGAACCGCCCGUCUUUGAUGGAGAUGAAAUGGAGUCUUGACCUUUUCUGCUGGAUGGCAAUCAAACCUUUACUACUUUUACAGUAAUGCUGUAGCUUGCAGUAUUCUAAAUCAGCCAAUCAGUAUGAUUUUUGUCCUUUCAUUUUUCUUUUAAAUUUUAAAUGCUGUCUGUUGAAAUUGCAAGCGCCAAAUAGAAGGAACAUGGAAAAUUAUUUUAUUACAGAGUAAAUCUUUCCAAAUGAAAUAUAAGUCAGGUGAAAGCUCUAGACCUUUUUUAUUUUGUAAUAUUCAUGUAUGACAUUCAUGCAAGUCCUGUACUUUAGUUUGUUUUGUUAGUUUGAACUUUAGUUUAAGUUGUGCUGUUAUGAUUUUUUUCGUAAACAAUAUAACAUGCUUGCAGAGAUUUUGUCAGUACUUCUACAAUGUUUAAAAAACAUCUUUAUUUGCUAUCUGUUAAUUCCCAGUCAAUUCAUGGACAUUAUAUAUAAAUUGUUAAAUUGGUUAUUGGUGAAAUGUUCAGAUUGCUUGUAAAUAUAAGUUUGUCUAAUCUUUUUCCCCAUCUGUAGGUCUUCUGUUUCUGAUCUUUUUCCAGAUUUUGUGUACGUGUGUUAGAGAUUAAAGGUUUGAGGCUGAUGUGUGUCUGUGCGUGUGUGAGAGAGUUCAAGUGAGGUUGCUACUGUGUAUUGUAUGCAACCUCAAUGUAUGAUUCUGACUCAUAGUCACUUUUAAAAUGUUAUUAACUGAAACUAGAGUAAGAUAUUUAUAUACUGUUGAGGUGAUAUUUAUAAACGUGAAAGGCUGCAUCUGUCUUCUUUAGCACCACAUAAAAACAUGGAAUCAAACAUAAUUGUUUACUGAAAAUAAAGGCUGGUAUUUUUCA